AUGGCAAACAAAGAUCUCACCGGAGAGAAAGAGCCCCAGGACCCCGUCAUGGUGGAACACGACGACCAACCAACUGUGAACCUGUCCAGCUCUUUGGGUGUGUCAUCUUUCAUGGCGAUCUUUGCCAUUUGGAUCGCAUUGAGUGGCUGGAUGGUGAAUUUCGACAUCUCCUACGGCGGCACUGUACUGCAGAUGGAAUCUUUCCGAAAGAGCUUUGGCCAUUGCAGAAUGGUCAAAAAUCCUACAACCGGUGUGGAGCAAGAGUUGUGCGCUCUUAGUGCUACUGCUCAGUCCAUGGUGUCCUUCUCUCAAUUAUUCAGUGCCAUCGGCGCAGCGUUCUCUGGUCUAGUUGGGUCUUAUUUGGGCCGUCGCGGCGCCAUCCAAUUCGGCUGCCUAAUUGUCAUCAUCGGGGCGGCUUGUCAAUGUGCGACCACUGGGAACUAUGUGGCUUACAAUGUUUGCAAGUGCAUUUCCUGCUUCGGGGUCGGGCACGUCAAUGCUGUCGGGCCACUCUUCGGCGUCGAGGUCAUUGCUCCUCGACGCAGAGGAGCUCUAGUUGCCGUAUUUGGCAUUGGGCUCUCGAUCGGCCUUCUCACGUCCAGCUGCGUAUGCUAUGGGACUUCAACCAUUGGCAACAAUUGGGAGUGGAGAACUCCCGUGGUCAUUCAGAUCCCGCUCGCAUUGAUGUAUGCAGGUGGCCUUACAUUAUUCCCCGAGUCACCACGCUGGCUACUAUUGAAGGGUCGGGAGGAAAAGGCCCGGCAUGCAUUUGCAAAAUUCUACGGGAAAGACCCUCAUGGCCCUGAAAUCACCGCACAGAUGCGGGAGACCCAGUCAUACAUCGAAUUGGAGAUGGCACAAAGCGGCUCGGUCUCCUGGACGGGCAUGUUUCACAAGAGCUACAUUCGCCGAACGGCGAUCUCUAUUUUUGUCAACAUUGCCGGUCCAUUCUCAGGUAUUCCUUUAGUUGGCACGUAUGCAGCUGUCUUCUUCGCUGCUGCCGGUGUCACCAAGCCUUUUUUAACCCAGGUUUACCUUGGUGUUUGUGGUCUAGUUGGUGCGUGCCUUGGUCCCUUCAUCAUCGAAUAUAUUGGCCGGAGACGCAGCAUACUGUUUGCUCUUGCAUGGAUGUCAUCUUGCAUGCUCGUCUUCUCGACUGUUGCAUCUGGCCUCGGUAGCUCUUCCGAAAUUUCCAGAAAACUGUUAAUUGCGUGUAUCUGUCUAUGGUUCUUCAUCUAUGCCUCAUGUUUGUCGUCAAGCCACUGGAUAGUCGGUGCCGAAGUACAUUCAGUGAGUCUUCGAACCUAUGGCGGAGCGAUAGCCGUGUUUGCAGCCAAUGCAGCCUUCUUUGCCGCUUCAUUUUGGACACCUUACAUGAUUAAUCCCACGGCUGGCAACAUGGGCACAAAUGUUGGAUAUUUCUACUUAGGAAUGAGUGUGGUAUCCUUUUUCAUCAUGUUUCUCCUUCUUCCAGAAACUGCUCGCUUGUCUUUGGAGCAGAUUGACGACCAUUUCAGGUCUGGGCGCCAGGCCUGGCGUACUUCUUUGAGUCGAAAUAAGCUGAUUGCCAAGGGUGAAAUGUGUGAUGUCACCCCAGAGGAGCGGAACCAGUCUCUGUCUGAUGCGGCAAAUAAGAAUAGGCACUGA